CAACUUACCUUUUCUCUUUCUCCGCUAUAUAUCUCUGUUUCAUCGAUCAAUUAAACAGUCAAAAUCAGAAUUGUGAGUGAGUCUAUCAAACAAAGAAAGAAGAGCUGAGUAAAGCUGUUCCUUGGUUUCUUCUCUAGUCUUUUGCUUCUUGUACCUUCUUUCCAUCUCUUUUCCUUUUCCUUCUUGGAUUUUGGAAGAUAAAAGAACUUUCAGAGCAAAAACAUGUCGAGCUGCACCACCGAUGUCGCUUCUGAACAACUCUGCUACAUCCCUUGCAACUUUUGCAAUAUCAUUCUCGCGGUAAGUGUUCCAUGCAGUAGCAUGUUCGACAUAGUGACUGUGAGAUGUGGGCAUUGCAGUAACUUAUGGUCCGUCAACAUGGCUGCGGCUUUACAGUCGUUGUCUUGGCAAGAUCCCCAGGCACCAAACCACACCAAGGGGGAUUACAGGACUUCAGAUGUGGGCUCAUCUUCAAAAUGCAACAACAAGAUCCCAAUGAGACCAAUCAAUGCUCAUAACGAAGAAAGGAUGAUAAACCGGCCUCCCGAGAAGAGGCAGCGUGUACCUUCUGCUUACAAUCAGUUCAUAAAAGAGGAAAUCCAGAGGAUCAAAGCCAAUAAUCCAGAUAUCACCCACAGGGAAGCAUUCAGCACUGCUGCCAAGAAUUGGGCACAUUUCCCUCACAUUCAUUUCGGAUUGAUGUUGGAGAGCAACAACCAAGCCAAACGGGACGAGGUGUCUGAGAAUCACCUAAUGACAAAGGCUGGAAUCUUCAACAAAUGAUUGAAUCUUUCAGAUUGCAAGAUUUCUGUGGAAUUCAGGUCUCAUGAACAUAUGAAGCCUUAAUUCUUUGAAAUACCUUUUCUACUGUAGAAGGACAAAAGUCAUUUAAAUUCUCCUUGUUGUAUUUGUUAUUAGUUGUUGUGGCAUGUUUCUUUGAAUUGAAGCAAGGUUUUCCUUUACCAUUUCUACCAA